AUGACAUCACGCGGUGUUGAGGAGCCUCAACAUGAAGUAUAUGCUUUGCCCCGUGGAAAGGAAGAAACGCAGAGCAUCUGGCUAGUGGAUGUAGCCACAGAAUUUAGUUACGAAGGCCAUUACGUCGGAUUCGAUUUAUCAGAUUCACAAUUUCCAACUCCUUCGUCCCUGCCACAGGGCUGCUCUCUUGAGUUCAAAGUCCACGACAUGACCAAACGCUUUCCACCAGAAUACCAUGCGCAAUUUGACUUGGUCAAUAUUCGACUGGUGGUACAAGCACUCAAAGCUUUUAUUUCGCUGAAACUGAAAGGAAAAGAGCCAGGUGGGUAUAUUCAGUGGGGCGAUGUGAAUUGGAAUGAAGUGAAAUCCGUCCCUUCGAACACCGAACUUGAUAUGCUGGAUGAAAUUAUAACUGGUCAUAUGAAGUACCAUGGCCUUUCAUCGACGUAA